AUGAAUGUAGAUGAGGAAAAUGUACUCAAUUUCCCAGUUAUGCUAUUAACUGGACAUGAAAGUGAGAUUUACUCAAUAGAAUUCUCACAAGAUGGUCAAUUUCUAGCCUCUGGUGGAAAAGAUAGGCAGAUUCUUCUAUAUGAAGCCUUUGGAGAAUGCCGUAAUUUUGGUGUAUUAACAGGACAUAAAAACGCAGUUUUGGAAGUGCACUGGAAUAAAAAUUCAAAUUUCUUGUACUCAUGCUCAGCGGAUUUUACCGCAUCAGUAUGGGAUGUAAAUUAUGCUAAAAGGAUACGCAAAUUAAAGGGACAUAGUGGUAUCGUAAAUAGCUGUUAUCCAGCGAGAAAUAGGAUAAAUGGACUCCUGGUAACGGGUUCCGACGACGGCACAGUUAAGGUUUGGGAUUCCAGAGAUAAAAGUUAUGCUAAUUCAAUUUCACAUGAUUUUCAAAUUCUCUCUGUCACUACUGAUCCCGACCAUAAUUUCAUAUACUCCGGAUCACUAGACAAUAUCAUCAGAAUAUAUGAUGUGAGAAAUGAUAAUAAAGUGUAUUUGGAGCUGAAAGGUUGUAUGGAUUCUAUUACGAGUUUGGAUUUAAACGAAGAUAAUUCACUGUUGUUGUCAAAUUCAAUGGACAACAAGUUAACCAUUUGGAAUAUUUUACCGUACGCAGAUAAUAAAAACGGUGUUAACAAUCGCAUAGUUAAAAUAUUGUACGGACCCAAACAUAAUAGUGAAAAGAACUUAAUUAAGAGUCAUUGGGGGAGGAAUUCAGUGAUCUGUAGCGGAUCUGCAGAUCAGUUCGUGUACAUUAUAGACACUGUGGAUGAAAAGAUUCUAUAUCAAUUACCAGGCCACAUAGGCACUGUAAAUGAUGCACAAUUACACCCUAACAUACCAAUCAUCGCCUCCUGUUCAAAUGAUAAAACUAUAUACAUCGGACAAUUAUAA